AUGGUUUUGACCACAUCAUGUCUUCUAUGGCCAGAGCAAUUGAACAAUGAUUUGAAAUUCUGGUUAUCUUCUGCCUCCUCAAUCAAUGCUGCUCCUGUAGCUGCUCCUAAGCCAACUGCUGCUACUGACGUCUGUGAAUCUACUUCUUCUAUCGGAGGGAAAACUCCUUCUGGAGGGAGGUUUACACUGCCUCCAAACCUACGUUCUCCUGACUCUGGAUCUUGGUUGGCAACUAGAAACUCGGGGCAUAAGAAGAAGCUGGAUCUUUGGUUGAGCAGGCCAGGAUCAGAAACAGCUUCAGUAAAAUCUUCUUGUUCCUCCUUCUCCUCAUCUUCCUCAUCUUCCUCAUCUUCUGCAUCUUUGAUCAAGUCCGAGAAAGAUGUAUGGUUGGCUAAAACCCAAACCUGCGUCAAGGCUGCCACUAACCUCCAAGAAUGGAGACAAUCCUCUAAAACCUCCAAUCUUCAAUCUUCUUCAGACCUUGAGAACUGGAGGUCAUCCUCUAACGCCACCAACCUCCAAGAAUGGAGGCAGCCCAGCCUGCACUCUUCUUCAAGUAGAGUACCCUCCAACGCUGCUUCAAGCCUGCAAGAAUGGAGGCAAACCUCUGGCAAACUCCAAUCUUUAAGCCUUGAUAACUGGAGAGUAUCCUCCACUCCAACCUCCAAUCUCCAAGAUUCCAGGAAAACCCCUGGUCUCGACUCCUGGAGGUUUUGUGAGACUACUCCUAUCGACCCUGUUGAGGCUGUAAGACUAGGUCUGAAGAAGACUAGUUUGUGCUGGAUGGAAGGAUCUCCCUCGGGGUCAAGCACAAGCUCUAGAUCAUCCUUCAUCUCAGAGAACUCCCUGAACUGCUGGCUAUCUGGAGAACAUUCAAAGGACAUGGAUGAACAUUCCUGGGAUCUUGCCUCCGAAGCAAGCAAUGUUGCCUCCGAAGGAAGUAUUAUUACUAUCGGCCCGGAGGAUAUCAUGGAGGAUAUGGAUGAGGAUCUUGAGGACGACCUGGUUCACAUCCAAGCUAAUGAGUUGAGCAGAUGGUUGAUUUGCUAAAUUAUUUCCAUAUAUUUCUCUCUAUAUAGAUAGAUUUACCGUGAAUAAGUUGUAACUUACUUAUUAAUGAUAUGUUUCUGCCAACUUAUACAAGAAACAAUCAUUCACGGCAUUUCUAAAUUUCAAAAAAGACCAGAUCAUCAUUCUGCUUCAAUCUCUUCGGUUUAAAAGGCACAUUAUAAAAGAUAGAUUAUCUAAUCGAUAGUAAUUUACAUCAAACUCCUAGCCAAUACGACUUUCUAAACCAAAUUUUUUUUAUCGUGUUUUCUAUUAUCUCAGA